GAGCGAGAAUCAACAAACAACUACUAUGCCUCUUGCGGUCUCCUGCAUCACAAAAUUAAGUUGAACUUCACCAACAAAGCAGACUUUGGUAUCUCCUCUCUUACCUGAUGUUACCUGAGAUAAAGUACCUUGCGAUUUAAACUUUCAAGGUACCACUUGAUAUGUAAUUUGUUUUCCAGCACCAGCUGCUACAGAUACAAUGCCAGUGGGAAAAAAGGCAAUUAAGAAAAAAGCAAUAGGAAAGAAGAGUGCCAAAAAAGGAUUGAAGGGUCUACAGAGUAUUGCAGAUCUUCUGAAGUCAGUCAGGCACCAAUAUGAAGUGAAAUGCAAGGAUUUCAAUAGUUAUGUGCAUCCAGAUGUGAAGAAACUUAUCAACCAGUAUGCUGAAAGUAACUCUCUUUUGGCAAAGUUUAUUUUAACCCCAGGUCCAACAGAUGAAAUACCUGUAAAAGUCUCACCACUUGUGGCAGCUAUAAGGAGUAAUCGAUAUGUUCAUGUCAAAGAGAUCUAUAUCUGGGAUGUACCAAUGAAACACGAGGAUAUUGCUACGCUGGCAUUGCUUUUGGAGCAAUCUAUUUAUCCCAUUCAAUACCUGGAACUUUUGGAGUGUGGUAUCAAUAGCUAUGGAGUAGACAGGCUAGCAAGGUCCAUUUGUAUGAGCAAUCUGACUGCUCUGGUGCUUGAUUAUAACAAAUUUGGUGACUCUGGCUGCAGUGGUCUUUGUAGAGGUCUCUAUGGUAAUAAAACACUAUUGCGUCUCAGCCUAUGUUAUUGUAAUCUUGGUUCUCAAAGUGGGGAGCUCCUUGGAAAAACAAUUUCCAACACAGCCAUAAGAGAUGUCUAUCUUGAUGGCAAUUUUCUGGAGUGUGAAGGGGUGAUCGAACUUAUAAAGCUCUUUGCUGACACAGCAGAAAUGGAAGCUAUUGAGCGUGCUGAAAAAAAGGAAGGGAAAAUUCCUGAAUCAAAUACAUUAACUGUACCAAGUGUGGCAUCAGCUAUGUCGUCAGUGUCAAGACCAACAUCUUCAGUUGCCGUUAGAAGCAAACCUGGAAGUGCGAGGUCUCAAAUGUCUUCUACAGGCAGGAUUGGAAAGAAAGGGAAAAAGAAGAAAAGUGCAAGGAAGAAAAAAGAGCCUCCUCCCCCACCACCAGUGGGCCCUUGGAUUCAGAAACUUCACUUGCUGAACAAUGGCAUUGAUGCAUAUGGGCUGGGUUCCACUCUUGGGCCUGUCAUGUGUAUGAAAAUGUUCAGAAAACUGAUAACACACUCUGAAAGCUUACAAGAACUCGAUAUAGAUGAUAAUGCUAUUGGUGACCUGGGUGGAAGAGAGAUCCUCGAGGCUCUCAUGGAUAGAAAGGAAGGUGGAUUGAAUGCUAUGAAAAUAAAUGUAUCACACAGAAUAAAUUCUUCAACUUUUGCUGCAAUUAACAAGCUUGGCUCAGGUCUCAAGAAAAAAGUGAAAAAAAAGAAAGGAAAACCAGGAAAGAAACGAAUUUAGAGUGAAGAAGUGCUUCUUGGGAAUCAGUUGAGUGAUGUUAAUGAAGAAUGCCAAGUUAAUACUUGUGAAGUCUUAAUAAUGUUGUGUGAAUAGGAACAACUUGUAAAUUGAUGUCACUUACCAACAAAUUUUUCAAUAAAUUUUU